UCGACUUGGACCACCACCUCCAUCAUCAUGGCUCCCAAGCCUAUACCUCAGAAUGCUCUCAUGAAGGCUGAACUCGAUGCGAAGGCCAUGCCUCCUCCACCACUUCCUGCACCUCAGAUGUCGAUAUUAGAACCUGAAAUGAAUGCUCUAGAAGGCUGCCUCAAGAAUGCUGCAGUUAAAUUUGGGCAAAUUCUUCGAUUUCAUUCUGACACUCAGAGACUUCAUAUCCGCAAACAUAUUUCUGCUCCCCCUAUUUCCCUUACAGCAUCCCUUGGUCGUGAACUGGAGCUCUAUGAUCAACUUUGUGAAUUAGUCGAAUCGCAUUUGUUACGGGCUAUAUCUAUCUUACAGCGGGAUUUACAACAAGAACAGUUGCGUAUCAAGGAAGCAGAAGCAGUAGCUCUAGCUGCUCAAAUCAAGGACGGACCUAUGUCUCCUACCUCCAGCCGAGGUCCACUUCCAACGGAGGAUCUAGCGUCCGAGGCCACACAACCUAAUGAUGUUGCUUCAAAUCCCAGUCAAUCGCCUUCUGUACCUCUAGGAAGGCGACCCUCUGUCAUUUCAAUAUCUUCACUACAUCGACCAACACUCCCUCCUAAACUCGAUCUUUCCUCGACGUCAUUGCGUCUGAGUGGGGAAGAGGCCGGGUUUCUUUCGAGUGGACUUCACUCACCUGUUACACUUGCACCUCGUUCUGCCCGCCCCACGGAUUAUACAGACUUGAUGUCAGCCUUCGCACCCUCUGCCGACACCAGUCACGUUGACAUGGACCUCACUCUGCCCGAUUCUGACGCAUCCAAUAACAUGAACCUGGAUGUAGGCAGUUCUGCUGACAAGCCCAUCGAGCUCGACAUGGAGGGGAUGGAUACUAUGGACAUGGCGAUGACGGAUUUGUUCGGCGAUACUCAAGAGACCAUCUCCAAUGACAACGAUGUCGUUGAAGGACUGUUUUCGCCCAUCGAGGGACCAAGUGAAGCCUCAGGAAAGCUGAACAAGGAAGACACCAAUUUUCUGUCGUCGUUGGGAGUUGGCACCGGCUCUAAUGCAGAUGAUAUAUUCUCAUCUUUGCAAUCAGCGAGCGAUCAACCGACGGAAAGGAAUGGGGAUAGUCUGCAGAUCCCUCUGACCAAUGCUGAAGCUGCCCCUUCUCCAGGAACGUUGAUUGCCUCUCUAUCUGAGAAUCCCGUGCCAGCACCGUCUACCGAGAAUUCGGAUGGGGGACAGCCAUUUGACUUUGGUUUUCUUACCCACGACUCGCUUGGGGAGUUUUGGGACAUGGGAGGUGGAGAACAGGGUCAGUCUAUUGUCGGUCCGAUGAACCAGGAAAGUUCCAAGUCUUGAUUUUGGCUACACGCACGAGUCAUUAGGAGGAUACAUCGCGAAGCGAUGCUUUGAAUGACAUGUUCAUGUCGCUCAAGCAGUUGAUGCUGGGUGAAAACGGGGUUAGUUGUGGUGCUCUCUAUAGAAAUAGGCUAGUAGAAACACCCAAGAUGCGCCUUUAAAGUAACUUUAUUAAUUAGUAUGCAUAUGCCUGCUAUUCAAUGUCAAGUCACUAUUUCCAAAUGCGUGGUCACAUGCGCAUGGUGCCGAC